AUGAGGGAGAUUUCAUCAAACCAACUUCAUACGCGAGGGAAAUUUUUAAGAUCUCCAAAUGUGGGAGUAUCCCGUCAAAUUGGAGAGUUGGUAUAGAUCUAAGUAUUAAGUUGCAACUACUAUCACUGGGAACAGGGACGCCGGAACGAUGUGAAGGCAAGGUGGGCAGAUUUUCGUGAAAGGGCACUUUUGAAUUGAUAUAUACUAAGAGAUGUUUGCAAAACAUCGGAAGUUGAGCUUCGCCUAAGCAUGUUUUCCAUUUAUUGGAUGAUAGGGGUGUGAGGGGGUUCUCCACCAGGCGAUUGUGCUAUUCUUGAAGCUCGAAUGACUGCAUUUCUUGCGUUUUCUGAAGCAAAUUCGCAAAAGAAUCGCACUAACAUUUCUGACAAUUCGCUAUUUCGCCAAGGCAAUCCUUUAAAUUGAAAGGGCACCUUUGCCCCCCUUGCCCCUCCUGGUAAAGAGCAACGGGGGCGGCUGCCCCUCCUGCCCCCCCCCCCAGUUCCGGCGUCCCUGACUGGGAAAAAAUGUGAAAUCCAUAGUAUAAUCUGGUUUCUAGAAGGUUCCUAGCCCUUUGUAAACAGUUUCUAUUUUAUGAUUUAUUUGUAUAUAUAUUAAUGUCAUUUGGGCGAAUAAAAAAAAAUCUCGAUAAAGUAUAUCCAUACUACAAUAUUUCGAUACUAUAUCCACUCCAUAGUAUGGGAAUAUACAAUUAUUAUGGAUAAUCAAAAUCCAUUCUAUUUCCAAUAAAGGUCCAUACAAUUUCCAUUCUAUGGCCUUCUAUGGAUUUUCAAAAUGUUUUUAGUGUAUUGUUCUCGUUUGCCAAGGGGAUGAGAACUGAGAAAACUCGCAUAUAAUCUCUCGCUUCUAAACUCUCAUUUUGGGAAAUCCAGCAAGAAAUGGAAAACCCAGGAAUUUCGUGGUCUAACUUAUUAUCAGGGGCGUAGGAACUGAUGGGGCCAAGACCAAGAGCCAGGCCUGAAAAUUUUAAAGCCGAGCUGUGCUGUGCAACACACAUCAUACUUCUCUAUUAAGUGACAUGUUUAGAUAAUUUCACUAAAAUCUGUGGUGAUGGUGGAGGCCAACUAUUAAUCCUGCUAUUGUAUUGUAUCGUAUCGUAUUUUAUUGUAAUGCAUUUCACUGCGUUGCAUUGUAUUGUAUUGUAUUGCACUGUACUGUACUGUACUGUACUUAACUAAAUAUGUUGCAUUGCAUUACAUGGCGGGGGCCAAGCCCCCACCCCCAAGUUUUCAGAAGACACAAAAAGUGCCCUUUCUGCGGUGGCAAAGUGCCCUUUGCCUUUGUUCAAUUAAUGUUGUUCAGAUUGCAUUUUUGACUCACGGAAGUUACUUGAGUGCGGGGCAGUUAAACAAUGAGAAAUUACCAGCCUCGGCUGCCAGCGCACUCUUUGACUGCGAAUCGGGCCUUUCAGAACCAGAAAUCGGGCUGCAGCACGACAAAUGGCUAAAUUUGCACGGUGCUCAUUUGCAAAAACACCUGCAAACUGCUUUAAUUCUUUCUGUCACUUUCAUUUGAUCUCAUCCGUCAGUCGGCCUCAACGGCCUUUGAUUUAUGAUUGCAUUUAUUUUUCCUUCCCUGACACCAACCGUCGGCAACAUUUCCGGAAAAAAAUUUUUAGGUGCCCUUUUCAUUACAAAAGUGCCCCUCGAAACCGGCGCCCCCCCCCCCAACUUUUUGUUUGAUGCUUCCUACGCCCCUGCUUAUUAUUUGAUUCCCUUCAGGUACUUAUUGGUAUAACAUCGAACGACAAAUCAUUGAGUGGUUUUACAGCAAGAGAAUUGCUACCUACAGAAUGUUUCACAUCUCUUGUUAGUAUGUUAAGUGAGAUGAAUAACAAACCGAGACUGACGAGCAAGUGUUUGUUGUUGCUUUAUAGCUUGGGUAUGUGUUGUUUAAUUAGAUUACCACAUGGUUAAGGGGCUGUAUACGGGAUAAUUUUGUUGUAUUGAAACAAGUCAUUAGGACUAAACGAAAUUUCAAACGCCGGUAAUAAAGGGACUGAAAUGAUGGCGAGAAGAUCUGGUAGUUCAAGAAGAUUAUAUUAAUUUUAUUAGAGAGGUGUGUGUAUUAAGAGGUAUCUGUAUUAGAGAAGUGUCUGUAUUAGAGAAGUGUCUGUAUUAGAGAAGUGUCUGUAUUAGAGAGGUGUCUAUGUUAGAAAGGUGUCCAUAUUAGAGAGGUGCCUGUUUUAGAAAGGUGUCUGUAUUAGAAAGGUGUCUGUAUUAGAGAGGUGUCUGUAUUAGAAAGGUCUCUGUAUUAGAGAGGUAUCUGUAUUAGAGAGGUGUCUGUAUUAGAGAGGUGUCUGUAUUAGAGAGUUGUCUGUAUUAGAGAGGCAUUCUAUAUUAGAGACGUGUCUACAUUCAAACUCGUUACCAGGGCUUUUAUUAGGAGGUGUCUGUAUUAGAGAGGUGUCUGUAUUAGAGAGGUGUCUGUAUUAGAGGGGUGUCUAUAUUAGAGAUGGGUGACUGUCUGUAUUAGAGAGGUGUCUAUAUUAGAGAUGUGUCUAUAUUAGAGAGAGUCGACUGUAUAUUAGAGAGUUUUCUGCAUUAGGAAACGUUGGUGUAAUUGGGGAUGGCUAUUAUUUACGGGCGUCAGGGGGUUAUAAAUGGAAUGUUGUAUUGGUAGCUUUACAUUAUCUUUCAGCUAGUGACACUGAAACCAGAAUAAUGCUUCGUGAUUCUUACCAUCUGACUUCAACAUUGACUGGACUGCUCCUUGAUCACAAUUCUCGUUCAUCUUCAAAUGAAAGCAUUAUUUUCCAGGUAUGCAACAUUGAACUAUAAAUAAACUGGAAGGCUAACUGCCAUGAUGAAGGCCUAUGAUUUGAUGAAGCCAAAAUAGUUUUUCUGCGUUAUGAGCAGAAAUACUUGACCCCAAGCGUCGGGCUAUAUAUCAAAUUGAAGCUAUUGAAAAUUGCUAUUCGGUGUGGAAAUUUCAAGACUUCAGCGAAAAGAAAAAUAUUUAAAAAAUACAAAAACAACUGCAAAACGGCAAAUUAUCGGUAAUUAUGUUUGUAGUUUUUCAAUAUUUCCCUUUAAGCUAAAGUCUUGAAAUUUCUACACCAAAUAGCGUUUUUCAAUAGCUUCAAUUUGAUAUAUAGCCCAACGUUCAGUGUCGAGUAUUUCUGCUCAUAACUCAGAAAAACUAAAAUGCACUGGCUUCAAUCCCCCCCCCCCUGAGUUAGCCUUCCAGUUUAUUUAUAGUUCAAUGGUAUGCAAUGUGUGAAUGGGUGGAUUUACUGAGGAUUAGGGAGGGGUUAAACCCCCUAGAGUCUCUCUAAGACUCUAACCCCCUUGUGAAAGUCUUUAAUCCUAACGCCUAACCCCUGCUGAAGCUCCCUCUGUGGUGCCGCUUGCACCCCACUAGAAAUGUUUCCACCCCUCCUUUUAAAAAAAUGAAAAUCUGCCCUUGAGUGUGUGUUAAUGCCUAACACUUACGUUGUGUUGGAUAAUUUGAUAAAUUCUUCUGCGUGUUUUAGUGUUUACAGUUGCUGCAACGUAUAACAUACGACUGUCGAUUUCCAGUGGCAUUGUCUCACAUUGAUGAUCUAGUCAAAUUUUUAGUUAAUGAAAUGUAAGUCAUGUCUAUGUAUAAAAAACCGAAUAUAUAGGCGGAAAAUUGUUAUAACAAUACUGUAAUGUGUAGAGCGGUGUUCUUAUUAGAAGGCGUCCAUAUUAGAGAGGUUUCUAUAUUAGAGAGAUGUCCGUAUUAGAGAGGUGUCUGUAUUAGAGAGGUGUCUGUAUUAGAGAGGUAUCUGUAUUAGAGAGGUGUCUGUAUUGAGAGGUGUCUGUAUUAGAAAGGUGCCUGUAUUAGAGAGGUGCUUGUAUUAGAGAGGUGUCUGUAUUAGAGAGGUGUCUGUAUUGAGAGGUGUCUGUAUUAGAGAGGUGCCUGUAUUAGAGAGGUGCCUGUAUUAGAGAGGUGUCUGUAUUAGAGAGGUGUCUGUAUUAGAGAGGUGUCUGUAUUGAGAGGUGUCUGUAUUAGAAAGGUGCCUGUAUUAGAGAGGUGCCUGUAUUAGAGAGGUGUCCACAUUUGAGAAUUAUUAGAAAGGUGUGCCCGUAUUAGAUAGGUGCCGCUGUAAGUAUUAGAGAGUUGUCCAUAUUGAAAACGUGUGCUUUAUUAGAGAGGUGUCUGUAUUGGAGAAAUGUCUGUAUUAGAGAGGUGCGUGUGCUAGAGAGGUGUCCACAUUCGAGAGGUUUCCGUAUCAGAGAUGUUUGACUCGAUAUAGUUAUGUCAUAUGAGUGUUUAUUUUCAGACAAGGUGUCGAAUGUGAGUUAACCAUGCCUUCAUUGGGAAUAUUGGCCAACCUCUGUCGAAACAAUAUUGCCGUACAAGCUCAAGUAAAAGCUUUGGUAUGUAGUCUGUUACACUGGAAAAAAAUAGUGAAAUCCAUACUAUGCAUGAAUUUGCGAUUGCAUCACCAAAUCCAUACUAUUUCCAUACUAUAUAAUUGCAAAAAGUAUGAAAAUUGGAUUUUCAUAAUUCACAAUAUUCAACUAAGAUCCAUACAGUGUUGUUGUCAGGGACGCCAGAACUGGGGGGGGGGGCAGGAGGGGCAGCCGCCCCCGUUGCCCUUUACCAGGAGGGGCAAGGGGGGGGGGGCAAAGGUGCCCAUUCAAUUUAAAGGAUUGCCUUGGCGAAAUAGCGACUUGUCAGAAAUGUUAGUGCAAUUAUUUUACGAAUUUGCUUCAGAAAAUGCAAGAAAUGCAGUCAUCGAGCUUCAAGAAUAGCACAAUCGCCUGGCGGAGAACCCCCUCACAUCUCUAUCAUCCAAUCAAUAGAAAACAUGAUUAGGCGAAGUUCAACUCCCGAUGUUUUGUAAACAUCUCUUAGUAUAUAUCAAUUUAAAAGUGCCCUUUCACGAAAAUCUGCCCCCCUUGCCUUCACGUCGUUCCGGCGUCCCUGGUUGUUGUAUAAGUAGUUUUGGUCAUGUUUACAUUAAGAACGCUGUACCUGAAAAAUACCUAAAGGCUCGUUUACACGGGCGAUUUUUGCUGCGAUUUUAGUUGCAAUUUUCUCCUUUUGGAAGAUGUGAAGGAGUGGAUUACUUAAUAAUAUCAUUAUGAGAUUUCGUAACCUGGAACAUUUAUAACUCAUUCACUUUUUAACAUCCUCCAAAAGGAGAAAAUCGCACCUAAAAUCGCAGCAAAAAUCGCCCGUGUAAACGGGCCUUAACUGAAACCUAAGGUUCACACUAGACACUCACAGAUGCCCACAAAUUGGACCACCCCACUGCAGUGACUGCACAUUAAAUUUAUUACCAAAUUUACUCAAGUAAAGUUUCAAAUUUACUCCAAUUUUUUAGUAAAGAUUUACCAAAAAAAUUUGGGUAAAUUUGUUCAUAAAUUUGACUACAGUAAUUUUACUUAAUAUUGUGGGUGAAUAGGCAAUUCCAGCCUUUAGUUUAUGCCUGCAGGGGAUGAUGGGAAGUAAGGUAUCAUAGUGCUGAUUAUGCUGAAAAAUUUCAAUAAAAACUACCGAAACAACCGAAAUAUUUCAAUAUUUAUAAGUAUAAGCUAUCACUCCGUGUUUACACGGCCACCAUUUUUAUUUUUUCAGCAUAAUCAGCAAUGUGAUACCUUACAUCCCAUCGUCCCCUGCACGCAUAAACUAAAAGCCGGAAUUGCCUAUUAUUUUACUCAAGUUUUGCAGCGCGGGAAAACUUUUCACAUUUUGCAAGUGUUUUGCCCAAAGGAAGAUCUGUGCUUUCGGCUCGUAGUCAAAAUACUCGGGAUUUUUUUUCAGUGUAUUGCACCAGAAAUCAAAAUUCUGCUGAGUGUUGAUAAUGGGCGUGGUUAUUAAAGAGACGCGGGCUUAUCAUAGAUAUCUUAUAUACACUAGAUAGCGCAUCUCGUUUAGUAAAAUUGAAGCCAAGAAUAUUCCAGCGGUUACCCCCAUUUGAAUAGAUGGCGGCCAUGUUGGUGUUUUCCACUCGCUAAUAAACGCUUAAAAAACAACAAUAACUUUCAUCGUUUGAAUAGUUUAAAAAUGUAUUUGGAAUAGGUUUACCUUAAUAUUUAAGUUCCCUGUUUAAGAAAUAGAAAACAUACGAAUCUUUUCAUUUCAUGGGAAUAUCCUGAGUCUGCAAUCACAGCUUCAAUUUUUGACUUGUAGAAUAAUUAGAUGCACUAUCUAGUGUAUAUAAGAUAUCUAUGGGGCUUAUGCGGUAGGAGAGCCUAGCUGGGAGGGAGGGAGCUUAAAACAGGAUUUACAGUAUAAAUUAAACGGUAUCUUUUUCAUUUUAGGACAACAUUAAAUACAUUUACCGUAGCGUAGUAAAGUUUCUAUCACAUCAUAACUUGACGAUGACUGUCUAUGCUUUGUCCCUUAUCACAAGUUUGGCUUUGAAAGAGCAACUUGGCGAGCAGGUAUUAAACUUCCUACUGGGUUAGUUUAUUAUACCAUCUGAUUGGUAUUUUUUUGUCACGUGAUCGCUUUUAUAUUCACUAUAGUAUAAACGUUAGUGGCGAAGCCAGCCCGACAAUUUGGACUUGCUAUGCAAAUUUUAAAUCAUCAGUAUUCAUUUCUUUAGAAAUUGAUUGUUUUCACGGUCAAUGAACAUGGAAAUAUUUGCAUAGCAUGACCAAAUUGUCGGGCUGGCUUCUAGUCCAGUCAAUAUGUGACCAGAGGUCAAAGAAAUUGCAAUAGAAUUUUUUUCAGUGGUGAAAUGUGAGGCAAGGUGUCCUGAUUAACAUACUAAAAAUCCCAAAAAAUCCCUUCGGUGGAACAUGGUGGAAAUCGAGUUUCUCUUACUUCUACCUAUAGAAAACCAUUGCGGACAGAAUGUUCCAAUUUUGAAAUCAUUUUUAGGCAAAUGUAACAUACAUUAUUGGAAAGCUUAAACAAAACUAUAUGAAGGUCAAUUAACCGUUAUAUUCAAUUUACUAGCCAGUUUGUCGUUAUUCUAGCUCAAAGUUGGAGAAAUAGCGCAAAAUUUGCACAAAAUACAAAUUUAUGGCAUUUUAAAUCUUGUAUAACUUCGGCUUAAUUGAUCUAUAGUUAGGUUUUUCUAAGCUUUCUAAUGAUGCGGGUUAUAUUUGCAAAAUUUCAACAUUUUGUCCGCAAUGGUGUUCUGUUGGCGGAAGUAAGGAAAACUCGAUUUUUACCAUGUUCCACAGAAGGGAUUUUUGGGGAUUUUUAAUAUGUUAAUCAGAACACCUUUUCUCGCACUUUACCACUGAAAAAAAACUAUUGCGAUUACUUUGAUGAGGACCAUGUACUUAUAGUGAUUUGACUGGACUAUUCGCCACUGAUAAAAGCUCAUGUAAUUUUUCCGACCCCCGCUCCUUCUAUCAACCGAAGUUUUGUUCUCCUUCUAAAACGCCAUCUUCUUCCGAAAAAGUUGCUUGUAUUAAUCCCUGACUUUAUCUAUCACUUGCAUUAUGUAGCUCUUCAAUAGCAAAAACAUCGACCAGACCUUCCAGUUACUCUUCAAUAUUCUAAUAAAUGGCGAGGGAACUUUGGCGCGGAAAUAUUCUGUGGAUCUCUUCGUUGACCUCUUACCAAAUGAUAAGAUCAAGCACUUCUUGACAAGGUAAUUGCAGCGUUAGUUGUGUACAUAUACGCGGAAGCACGGUGGAAGAUGCAGGGGUCGAAAUUUAAUUUUUUUUUGUACUAUACAGCCGGAAUAUAGUAGAUUUUUAUAUUUACUAUUCCGUCUGAAAAUCCACUAUUCCUUAAUAUACUGUUUCUGAGAGCCUGUUGAUGCAGGGUCCGCGCUAAUGUUCUGAUUUUCGGGAAAUCAUCCUUGGGACUCCUAAAGUGAACUGAAUAAUUGUAAAACAAACAUGUACAGUGCAUUGCUCUGUACAGUCACUACAGUGAGGAACAAAUUUUUAAUAAAAAACAAAGUUCAAACACUGAAAUGAACUUGCGAACUUUAUUGGUGCAUGCAAAGAAAUUAGAAUAUGCAAGUAUUGCAAGCGAACAAGAACUUAGCUACGAAGUGGAACAGUGGCUCAAAGUCCGGUAUAAAGUGGUAUAUUAUACAAGAGGAAAACCCUCGCUUGUCAAUAUUUGGCAUCAUAAUUUUUUCUAAUAUACGAACGGAAUACUGCAUGUGAUCAUGAAGUUUACUAUUCCGUCAGGCAUUUUAGUAUAUUCGGAAUAGCGGGAAUUUCGACCCCUGAGAUGCUUGUAGCCAACCUCGUUCCCGGGCUCUUGCUGGUGGCGUGCUUCCCUGUAUCUCUAUACUCCAUACUCUACUCGGAAACCAUCAGUUUUACUUCAAAAACGAGCAGUGCGCGUAAUGACUUUUUCAAAAUACGGUGAGCAUACUAGCCUUCUAUUUAAAUUAUAUUUUCUAAUUUAUUAUUUAUGUAUGAUUUCCAUACAAACAAACUUCCUGAUAUGUUUCUGCAGGUUAUAAUCAAAUGCAUAUUAUAAUACCAGAUUAGCUUCUAAAAACAUAUUUUGCAUUCCUUCAAGGCUUCAAUAGACAAUUCCCAUUACGGACUAAUUUUAAAACUAGGUAAGAUACUAAAAAUAGUAAAAUUACAAAGUUUGGUUGCGAAAUGUUGGAAAAUGAGGAAAAUACAAUGUCAUCCUUGUAAAGUUUGCAAAUCUUGUAACUUUUGUAUUGCGUGCGGAAAUUGCUAACAAGAUUUGCGAACUUUGCAAGGAUGACAUUGUACUUUCCUCAUUUUCCAACAUUUCGCAACUAAAUUUUGCAAAUUUACUAAUUUUAGUAUUCUCUUUCUAGCUGUGUUGAUUUAUUUGCAUCUCCUUGCCUAGUUUUAAAAUUAAUCUAUAAUGGGAAUUGUCUAUAUUAGAACCGAAAUUAUGGCAAAUUAUCACUUCGCUUUCAGGGACCCAAAAUUUGGAAUAACAUAGAAGAUUCUUUCAAACGUUUAACUGUAGAUCUGCCUUCAAAAAUAAACUAAAAACUAAACUAACUAUCGGAGAGUAAGGACAGUGUAUUUUUUUAUACUUCUUCAUCUUCUUUUUAGCUAUGAUCAUCUUGCGUUUUAUCUGGAUCAAUCUUUGAACAUGCUCUCAAGAUGCGAGCCUGAUGAAGCACAAAAGGUACUUAGUGCGAACGAAUUCGGCACCGUGCGAAAAUUAGACUUGCUCCAGGUCUCUCUUUCAUUGUCAUAUCGAUCCACUAUAGUGUACAUUACAUGACAAUUCGCUCUGUUCCAACCAUUGAACUAUAUAAGUAAACUGGAAGGCUAACUCAGGGGGGGGGGGGAUUGAAGCCAGUGCAUUUUAGUUUUUCUGAGUUAUGAGCAGUAUAUUGAACUGAAGCUAUUGAAAAACGCUAUUUGGUGUAGAAAUUUCAAGACUUUAACUAAAAGGGAAAUAUUUAAAAACUACAAAAAUAAUUGCCGAUAAUUUGCCAUUUUUGGGCCGAAUGGCAGUUGUUUUUGUAUUUUAAAAAUAUUUUUCUUUUCGCAAAAGCCUUGAAAUUUCCACACCGAAUAGUAAUUUUCAAUAGUUUCUCUUUGAUAUAUAGCGCAACGUUUGUGAUUAAGUAUUUCUGCUCAUAUAACUCAGAAAAACUAUUUUGGCUUCAGCAAAUCAUAGGCCUUCAUCAUAGCAGUUAGCCUUCCAGUUUACUUAUAAGAAAAUAUUCAAAAAUAUGCCAUUUUAGAUGAGAAAAUCGAGGCAAUAGUUUAUGUAAAUCAGGAGUAUUUUGUAUUUGUCGAUAUUCUGCACAGCGCACCUCAAACAUUGUUUUAUUUUAAAUUUUCUCCAUAAACUAUUAAGAGGCAAUUUUUUUCAAUGUCACGUAUUUGCAAUGAAAAGUGUAAGUUCAAAACCUAAAAUCGUUUUGGCGUUCCUCUCAAAAUUACUUUGUUUUAGCUUUAUUCUCUACUGAGUUUAUAGAGUUAACAACCUUUUUAAAUGCAUCUGCCGGUUCAGAAACAUAAAAUAAUAGUUGAAAAUUGUCAAUUAAAAUACAAUUAUCAAUGCAUGAUUCUUUAAAAUUGACGCCAUAUUUACAGCCAUAUAAGCAAAACUUACUGAACUUCAGGCGUCAUUUUCUCUUUGGCGUAUCAUCUAAAAUCUCUUCAUUUUAGCAUUAUUUUACAGAUAAAGCACUAGACACACUUUUUAAGUUUGUUUGCCGAUUGAGAAACGUAUCGAAAAAUAAAAAUUUUGAAUUUAGUCAUAACCUCAAGUGGUAUAUAUUAUACGCAUUAGUUUUGAGCGCGUGUUACGUAACAUACAAAAAAAUCUUCUCUUAAUUAAUAAGUUUUAUCGCUUUCCCUUAAAUGGACAAUACUACCCAUGCAGUCCCCUUAGCGGCAAUUUUGCAGUACUGACGAGCUCCGUUUUCUGUGGAUACAAAACAAUAAAACAAUUACACCCAUUUGGGAAAAUAAUGGCUAUGUGCGUGAGCACACGCCGAUUUAUUAAUUAAUCCAAAAUGAAUAUUAAUUUCCAUAAAUGACAAUAACAGUUCUCACAGUUUUAUAUAUGCAAUUAUAUACUUUUCCCCAAAAAUUCCAUGUACCAAAAAACCAUUCCCAAUAAAAUAUGCCUCCAGCCCUGAUGAGCACUUUCAUUUUUUGUAGAUAUUUGAAUUUCUCCUGGCAUUUUGUGGUGUGUCGGAUCUUCGCGUCAUUCUUUAUCGCGUAUUCGAAUUAAAUCAACAGUCCAGUGAUGGCAAUGAACAAGACAACGCCUUCACUGGCGUGUUGUUCUGGAUGAAUAAAAACACUGACACACAUCUCGUCUCGAUAAAGGCUUUGGAAUUUUUCAAGGAAAUUUAUGAGGUACAUGCUCUUAAUUUCUGGGUAUUGCUACGAUACGAAUAUUGUGUAAAUCAUGGCAGCUCUGAAGUAAAUAUUAACACCAUUUUGUGUUAGUGAACACCACAUUUACACGUAUUAGGUGUAACGAAACACAUAUGGCACUUAUCCCCCCAUACUAUAGACCCAUUGCACAUGACGUCACAGCACCAGUAACGAUGCAUCUGGAGGACAAAUUAGCAAUCUAUACAUAAUAUAACUUUUGUAAACAAAGCAAAUUUUGUAAAACUUUAUGAUAAUUUUGUAUUAAAAUAGUUAAUCUUUGCGCUGUAUGUGGUUGUUGCACCCGAACAGAUAUUGUUAGGGAGCAUCUGGAGGACACUCUAAGGAUUUGUGACGUCAGUGCAAUGGGUCUAUAUGUGGAAUUUGCGAUUGCAUGACUAAAUCCAUAUCCAUACUAUUUCCAUAAUGUAGACGUAGUCAUAGUAUGGAGUAUAGUCAUAGUAUGGAAAUUGCAAUUAGUAUAAAAAUUGAAUUUCUAUACUAUAUAUUCAACGAAGAUCCAUACUGUACUAUUUCCAUAGUAAAGAUUUGGAGAAAAAUUUCUAGUUUAUUCCUUUAUUAGGUGUAAAGCUGGAGUAUAAUACGAGCAACAAAAUUGCUGCAACUUGCAACAAAAUCCAAUUUGAAUGCAUGUUAUAAGUAGAAAUGUUGAGACAUGUUGCCUCGUGAUUUGUAAUUUUUGUGCAUAAACAUUUUCAAUUAACAUGCGUAGAAGUCAGAUUUUGUUGCUCGUAUUAAAAUUGCUCGUUAAGUUGCAGCAAUUUUGUUGCUCGUAUUACUCCACCUUAAACAUCACGAAUGUUAAAAAAUUGUGUUAACAUUUACAGACUCUAAAAAUGGUUAACGCUGAUCCAGACAAGACUUCUGAAGAAAUAUUUCCAAAUUUAUAUUAUACACAAGCUGUUGGAAAGUUUGCUUUGAAUUUUAGGUUAACCUAAGGUUAAGGUUUUCGCACAAUGAGUCCCUGGUCGCUGGUUGGUUGACUUAGCCGGCCUAUUUAUAAUUUUCAUUUAGGAAGCUAUAACCACUGGUGAAUCUACGUAUCUGAUGUCACAUAUUAAGACAUUACUUCCAAACUUGGUCAAAAAUCUUGAACCUCCAACGAACGUCGAUGGGCAUGGAACAAGAGAAAAAUUUGAGAAAAUUGUCCGUGUGCUGGACGUCCUAGCAGGUAACGAACUAUUUGAACGGUAUCAUUAGACGUUUACAAGAGGGUCUAGAUAGGAGGGAGGGGGGUUUGAAAAAAAUGUUGGUAUUUUAACGGUAAAGCUUUGAAUCUGCUGUAAAGUGUUCUGAAACGAUAAACAGUAUCUUUUUCUUCACGCUUCACGGUAAUAUUUUUGGUGUUUUCACGACUGACGGUAACCGAAAUUGAGCAAUCACGACUCACGAUAUACCCCAUCAACACCCUCUUACAAUUGUAAGCGCGAGGUGUUGAUGACUGGGCUGAAUAAUAACAAUAUAUACCCUUAAUACCAGAGGUGGAAAAAUUAUCUGAACCUGGGAAUCUAAUUCCCAUAAAUUUUAUGAGAUCUACAUUUUUUUAAGAAAUUUUCACAGACAUCUCUUUAUGUUUGAUACUGGAGCUUUAAUUGUGAAAAUUGGACUGAUUGAAUAUCUAAAUUAGUAAUUAUUGAAAUCAUUAAAUACCUAUAUGUUAGUGAAUCUAUACUAAUUCGAUACCUAAACUACAGACGGAAAAGUUUCAUAAAAAAUAUUUAUGGCUUGCAGUAUGAAAUGUGUUUUUGAAACUUGAAACUUUAAAAGAAAAUAUAACAGAUGGCGAGGAGACUCCAUGAAGCCACUGGGCUUAUCUAGUGAGGUCACAUCAAACAACAGAUAGUAUACAGUGGAAUAAAUAUACAAUAUUUUACUCAAAGAGCGUAUUAUGUGCGCGACGUAUAAAAAUUAUCUUAGCAAAAUGUUUUUUAAAAGUGGAAAGACUAGACAGAUCUUUUAUAUGUGAUGGUCGAGCAUUCCAAAUUUUGGGACCUUGAAAGAGUAUGGUAAAUUCUUUUGGAUUCGACAAGCUUGAGGACGAUAAUUCUCAGCUAUUCUUGUAUUACAAUCAGGGUUUAUUUUAACGUGCAGUUCUACACAAAAUGUGCAGUUCUAAACCCAUUUGUGCAGUUCUUAAAACUCAAAUGUGCAGUCACCAAAUUAACAAAAAUAUAACCUCAAAACAGUCUUCUCAUCUACUCGUUUUCCUUGUGGAUGCGCCAGAUGCCAGAAAUGCUGCCAUUGAGCAUCAAAAAUCUAAAUGAUUUCCGGGAGAGGACCACCAGACCCUCAUAUUUUCCUCACAAAUCACAUAUGUGCUGGGGUAAUGGAACAGGAGGUAAAAUUGGGACGAGCGAAGCUAUCCAAAAGAGAUUAGAGUGGGAGAACCUAAUAUUCUUUGCUACCUAAGGUUAUUAUAUCUUGAGUAUUCAUGAUUCCCAGUUACAUGUUUUGAAACAGUUUUUGUGGGUAGUUGGGUGAAACAAAUCUUUGCCAGAACUUACGAGCCUCUAAAUUUAAAAAUUUGGGGGGAAACCCCCUACUUGUAGCUUCCCCACCCAGAAUCGAGUUUGUCUGGCCCCACCCAACCAUACCUUAUUCUGCCACCUAUAUACUAAUUGAGAGUCUGUCAUAAUUUGCAACGUUAACUAUAACUAAAUCCUUUGACCCCCAGUCAAACAUCCUUUCACCCCCAGUCAAACACGUGAUGCUUCGUAACAUCCCUAAUAUGUGCAGUUCUAAACUUUUCUUAAAAUAAACCCUGAUUGCAAUUAUGGACCUGCAAGACAGUAACUACAAUGACUACUUUAGGAUUUAUCCUGUGUGCCUUAUCAGUCCUAAAGACAUACAGUAUUUCUUCAUACAACAACCCUUUAAAUGAAGAAAAUCACAAACAACAAUUUUGUUAUUUUUCCCUAUUUAUUUUAUGUAAUCAUUUGCAAAAAAAAUUGAGCCCUAAACCUAAGUUCCCGGGAAAAAAUUCCAUGCAACAGUGAUCCUUGAUUGGGAUUCAAAUUUCGAUCAUUUUAUAAAUGUUUAGUGUUAUCUUGUGACGAGGCAGUGGCGAAGCAUCUUUGUGAGAUCAUUGAUUGUGAUACAUUUCAACGUCUUGUUGAACAACAGUACAGACUUAAUGAUAUUGCCAUGAAGGAGAAACUUAGCUUUACCGCGGACUGGAGGUGAGAUAGUCUGCAUGAACACAUUUUUGUCUUAGGGUAAUACAAUAAACCACUAACAGUGAAACACGCAAUUUUAUUGGUCAAUAGCCGUGCAGGAUCAGGCUAUCCUGCACGAGGAAUUAAAAUGCCUUCGCGGGAUUCUCAAAAUGUCAUUGUUUCACUGUAGUUGUUUUAUAAACAAUUACCAAAUGGUUUUCCAAGCAGGAUAGCGUGAUCCAUGCACUUGGGAUGUUGGCGACUUUCGGAAAGCGUAAAGAAACACUCGCCUGCGGCUCAAGUAUUUUUCGCUUUCCGAAAGUCUCGCGACAUCCCUCGUGCAAGGAUCACGCAAUCCUGCACGAAAAACCAUUCGGUAUUCCUUUAUUCCUACCACCUACAUACGUAGUGAAAACGGGCUAUUUCAUAUAUGAGUAUAUACAUAUUUCCUUUCUUGAUCCAAAUAUCUUCAUUGUUCAUACCGAAGACAUGCUCAUCCCAAAAACAUCCCAAAUACUGUAUAUGUAAUACCUAGGUCUGCUGGAAGGGCAAAAACGAUUCCAAGAAGGGCACUAGACCUUCUCAUUUCCCGUUUAACCCCAGGGCCUGGUAUAUAGCACAAGCGAAAGGCAAGAUCUAUAAGCUACACUGGUUCGUCCUAAGCGAAGCAUUAAUUAAACAUGCAGGUUCCUAAAAACGAUACGUUUUUCAUCUGUUUAGCGAGGUUGGCGUUAGCGUGGCGCUAAAGACUUUGGAUGUUAUGAACAAACUAAAGACAAAGGAUAAAAAUAUAAAAGUAUGUAUUUCGUGCUCAGAUCUCAUCGACGUACAGUACGUCGAUCUUUAUAUAACUAACUUUCAUCACAGAGCCCUCAUUUUUUUCUGGGUGAUUGCUUCCCUUCCACCCCCCCCCCCAGCUUCUCCCGGCCUCCCUGAAAAAUUCAAUUCUAUUUUACAGGAAACCUUGGGUGAGCUAAUGAAGGUAAAACAGUUGCAAUUAAAAACAAUACAAUGGGUGAUUCCAGCUAUGCCUAUGGACUGAAUUUUGAUCAAGGCGAGAAGAACGAAAUCCGAUACCACAGCUAGAACGAGCGUCUGAGAAUGAGUAAAACUGCAAAGAUUGGUUGCAAAAUGUUGUAAAAUGAAGAAAAUAUAGCCCUGUGAAGUUCGCAAAUUUUGUACAUAUUUGUAUUAUUCGCGGUAAAUUAAAUAACCACUUUCGCUCAAAAAUGGUUCUUUUUCGCGCGCGUUAUGCAAAUAUACACAAAAUGUGCGAACUUCACAGGGCUAUAUUUUCCUCAUUUUACAACAAUUCGCAACCAAACUUUGCGCAAUUUUACUCAUUUUAAGAUGCUCUUUCCUGCUAUGGUAAUGGAUUUCGUCCUUCUUGUCUAGAUCAAAAUUUUGUCCAUGCUAGAAUCAUCCAUUACAAACACUUUAAAAUUACAAUAUAUGCGUUUCUUCUACAUGUGGCAAGGUGAAGUAAAUACCAAGUUUAUUGACUGGGUUUUUAUCAUGACCACAGGACGAGCGUCUCGUGUCUUUCUUGGCGAGCACAAUCUCAAACGGUCAAAAAGAUGACAUUCAAACUGCCCUGCGUGUCCUUCGAGAAUCUUGGAAGAAAGCCGACUUUCACUUCGCAUGGUAAGAAGAAUGAAUAACGCCUUAGAAAUCGGAUUUGGCGGUAUCUCACUCGAUAGUAAAUGUUCAAGGGUUUCUGUACAGUAGAUGCAAAUUUCGAGUUUAAAAUUUAUACAUUUAUUUAGCGCUAUUGUCGAUUUCAAGUCACUUUUCAACGCGCGGUUCCCAAGUUCUUUGCAAACUUGCCAAUUACGUUUCCAGGUUCAAAAAUUGGGCGUGAACGUCGCAACAAAGUUCGCAAGUACAUUUCAAUGUUUGAUCUAUUGUAAACAAAUGUUCAUAGUUCAUGUUGAAAUUAACAAUUCAAUGGAAAGUUCUUGGUCUUCUGGUCCAGUGGGCUAUCAAGAAAGUUUGUAUAUGUCAUUGAAUUGGUUAUUAUCAUUGAGUAUGAACAUUUGUUUACAAACGAAGUUCAAACAUUGAAAUGUACAUUGAAGUUCACGCCCAAUUUUCGAACUUGGAAACGUAAUUGGGUUUUCGGGUAAAGUUCCCGAUCAUGGUGAUCGGCAGUCAUGACUUUUCCUGCUUUUUCAGAUUGGAAACCCUGCUUUUCAGCCGAUCAUAAGCGAUCUCUUGCCGAUCAUUGAUCGGCUGUUAUUCCAACUAGCCCUGCACCCGGAGCAGAGUAUAGGCCCUCUGUCAGGAAUCAAACCUGCAGCCCUGUCUACGAUUAUGUAGCAACCUCGUAACCAGGGUCUUUCCUCUUGGGGAAAAAAGACCCUGGUAGACGCUGACCACGUGAUCUGCUAAAAUCUAGCAGAUUUCUAAUUUUGAUUAGAAAUCUGCUAGAUUUUAGCAGAUCACGUGGUCACGCUUGUCACGUGAUCUGCUAAAAUCUAGCAGAUUUUUAAUUAGCAAUCCAAGAUGAGGUCAAUAAAUAUUUGACAUUUGGAGUAUUUUUAUAGUUUAAUUUAUAAUUUGCAUUUUGUAUGAUUGUCAUAUAAAGGUAUCCAAGAUAGUUAAAACUAUCUUGGAUACCUUUAUAUGACAAUCAUACAAAAUGCAAAUUAUAAAUUAAACUAUAAAAAUACUCCAAAUGUCAAAUAUUUAUUGACCUCAUCUUGGAUUGCUAAUUAAAAAUCUGCUAGAUUUUAGCAGAUCACGUGACAAGCGUCUACCAGGGUCUUUUCUCCCCCAGGAGGAAAGACCCUGGGAACGAGGUUGCGAUUAUGGAGGGUUAAGUACUGAGAUUUUGAAUAUAGAAAUUGAGCCCAAACUUUGUUUCCCAGGCUUGGUGAACUUAUCUUCGGAAAUAACCGGAAGAAAGAAGAAGAAUUAAAAACAUUACGUAGGCGUCAUGAUGACAUCCCCCUCUUUCCGAUAUCAGAGUCAAGACUGGAGCCGAGUUUGAGCAUGUUGUCGAAAGAUCCACUCAAAUCUUCGUCAAGACGUCGGGACCGAAAUAAUCCGAAGACAAGCACCUUCGUGAAUAGUGUACUGGAUGAAAGUACCAUCGAGAGUUUGAUCGAUAAAAUGAAGUCAGGAAUGGAGGUACACACGUAAAAACGCACAAGUUGUUACAGGUCUGCAAAUACGUUGUUACAAAUCUGUUCACAAGCUGUCGACAAGUUGUGUACGCACUGCUUGUUCCCAGUUGUUGUAACAAGUUUGAGAACUAUUGAGGGCUAUUAAGAACUUGUAACAAGCUUGAUGACAUUAUCAGACUUGUCACAAUGUUGUUCUAACAAGUCUGAUACAGUCAUGAUAUAACAAGAAUGUUACAACGUUGACCACGCAAGGUUGUAACAAUAUUGUUAUAUCAUAUACAAAUUGCCGUAGCGAUAGUUGAUCGGACUUCAGUUGGAACAACCUUGCAACAAACCUGAUAAUAUCAACAAGCUUGUUACAAGUUGUUUGAACAGCUUGUUGGAACAACCUUGCAACAAAUCUGAUAAUAUCAACAAGCUUGUUACAAGUUGUUUGAACAGCUUGUUGGAACAACUUUGCAACAAAUCUGAUAAUAUCAACAUGCUUGUUACAAGUUGUUUGAACAGCUUGUUGGAACAACCUUGCAACAAAUCUGAUAAUAUCAACAAGCUUGUUACAAAUUGUUUGAACAGCUUGUUGGAACCUUGCAACAAAUCUGAUAAGCUUGUUACAAGUUGUUUGAACAGCUUGUUACAAACUUGUUGACAACUUGGGACAAGCAGUGCGAACACAACACUUGUUGGCAGACUUGCUACAAAGUACAAGAUGUGCAGAGAUAUUUGCGUGUGUAGGAGAUCCAGGCGAAUGGUCAAAAUAUACUACACACACUUAGAUUAAACUUCGCACUACACGUUCAAGACUUACUUUUAAAAACAAUUGUAUUAAUGGUAUAGUACUGCGUUAAUAUGUAAGAAAACGUUCAGAAAACGUUGUAACUAUGCUUCAUGCACAAUUCUGUGAAAAUAUGUGGAAUAGAGCCAUUGCACUGACGUCACAAAUCCUUAGAGUGUCCUCCAGAUGCUUCCUAACAAUAUCUGUUCGGGUACAAAAACCACAUACAGCGAAAAAUUAACCAUUCUAAUACAAAAUUAUCAAAAAGGUUUACAAAAUUUGCUUUGUUUACAAAAGUUAUAUUAUGCAUAGAUUGCUAAUUUGUCCUCCAGACGCAUCAUCACCGGCACUGUGACGUCAUGUGCAAUUGGUCUAUUACUGCCAUUUUGUUUCAAUAUUACUGAGUUUCAAACAGUUUUUCCAGUUGUUCGGUUUCUUGCCUAAAACAAUAUCAGUCGAAUCGGUUUUCAAAAAACAUUGGUUUUUCCGGUAUAUCUAAAACAUUGGUUUUUCCGGUGUAUCUAUUAACCGCCUCAUCCUAAUCCAACGACUGAAACAGGUUCGCAGCGGUCUUUGAAAUCCUUGAAAGUAUUUAAAUUUGAAUGCAUGCAGGUCUUUAAGGUCUUUGAAAAAUCGCAGAAAGUCUUUAAAAAUCUUUAACUUCUUUAGUGAGGAAUUGAUUAUAUGAUUUCCUAGCUAAUAAAAUAGAUUGAAGCAAGAUUUUCGAAAAUAUCGACGAAAAGGCGCAUUAAACUGUAGGAUGUGAUUUGACGGGACUAAUUGCUGGUUAAAAAUGGUGCUUACACUCCCAAUUUUUUGACAGCUGCAGAUUGCUCCCAAAAGUCUUUGAAAAGUCUUUGAAAAUAGGCAGAAAAAAUCUUUGAAAGUCUUUGAAUUUUUUGGUCUUGGACUAAUACUAGAAUAUUUUCAGAUAAAAGAUGCAAAGGCGUCAGAAAUAAUGGAUGUUUAUGAAGCUAAACUCACUUCACUACAGGUAUGGAAUAUUACAGCGUGCCUAUGCUUUCAUGGUUGAGGUAUUCACUAUUCUUGAUAUGCACUAAUCCUUUAAGAUCUUAAAACUGAAUCAUUUUUCCUCCUUCAGACGAAAGAAAGCCAUCUCCAAGAUCUACUUGAAGCGAAGACAUUGGCUCUUGCCCAAUCAGAUCGCAUGAUUUCACAAUAUCGAUGUAGAAGGGCACAAUCAGAAGCAGAGGUUGGUACACGGCUUUUGCCAUGCACCUACAUGCAUAAAAUAUGCAUGGUAACUUGCCGUCUGUUUUGCGAAACAAAACCGAUGUUUACGGCAUGGUGAAAAAUUCAGUUACAAGUACAAUAUAUUGAAAUUUUUGGUAUAUUAUUUUGCUUGAAAAACUCGUACUGAAAAACGUUUCAAUACAGGUGUGGAGUUAAGUUGGAAAAUAUUGUAAAAACUAACCGAUGCACAAAUACAAAGUAUGCCGAAUGGACAAUAACUUCAAUCUGGUGAUUAUUCCACUAAUACUUGCACGGAUCUACGGUUUCGUCGUUUCGACAAGUUGCAAACGAGCACAAUUUUGAUUUCGUCGGGACAAUGAUUACCAAACGACUUUCUUCUUUGUAGUAGCCCCAUGCAGCACCGAAAGAGAACUGUUUUGCUUGUGUAUUUUAGUGUACGAAGUUACGACAUAUGUUACAAGAAACAGAAAAACGUUGCGAAGCUCAAAACGAACAGGUAUUCUCUACACUGAAACCAUGAAUGUGGGUUUUUAUAUUUUCCCUUGCUCUGGAGAUCAGCCCUUGCUCUGAAGAUCAGCCCUUGCUCUGAAGAUCUGCCCUUGCUCAGAAGACCAGCCUUUGCUUUGGAGAUCAGUCCUCAGAACACGGAUUUGUUUAUCGUGAACUACAUGUAUAGUAUAUCGUUAUAUAUUUGAAGUGUAUUGAUUUGUUGUUUCUCAUGCAGAUUCAUGGUUUUGCUGAGUCUGAAACAGCAUCAUGCCAACAGGUAUAUAUAGUACUGUAGGGCCUGUAAGCAUGCAUUACUAAAUUCUAGUAGAGUUUUACAGGUUAAAUUUAAUGACAACCACGGAUCUACCUUUAGUUAACUCUUCUGGCUGUUAUUUGCAAAAAGUGCAAAGUCGCUAUACAAAAUAAUAUGCCGAUAUGCAUAAAUGAAACUGCUGACUGUUAGAUAUAUAGCUAGACAGUUAGUUUUCAAAACGUACUCCAACUUCAAAAAUUUGUAUCUCGCCCAAUAUUUCAUAAAAUUUCAAGUGUUUAUACCUGUAUAUACCAAAAUUUAAGUCAGCUGUUGUAGUCUUUUACGAAGAAUUAAAUCAAACAGGAUAACUUUUUUGGGAGGGAGGAGGGAGCACCUGGUAUUUGUUAUUUAUGCUGAUAUAUGCAUUUUCAUGUUUAGAUGGAAAAACUCAAAAUUCAAAUCAAGAAUCUUCAAAUGACCACUCGUGAACACGAACAACUCAAAGUAGGGUUUGCUGAGCAAACAACGAGGUACUGAUGCAUGAAUGAGGCCCUUUUUUAUCGUCGAUUUCAAGUCACUUUUCAACGCGCGGUUCCCAAGUUCGUUGCAAACUUGCCAAUUACGUUUCCAAGUUCAAAAAUUGGGCGUGAACUUCGCAACAAAGUUCGCAAGUACAUUUCAUUGUUUGAACUGUUGCAAACAAAUGUUCAUAGCUCAAGUUGAAAUUAACAAUUCAAUGGAAGGCUCUUGGUCCAUGACGUGAUGACAGUUGCUGAACCCAUAAGUGCAUAGAAGCUUAACAAAAGUAAAUUUUAUGAAUAAAGAAACUGUUUAAGAAGUUGCUUUAAAUUCCCAAGAGCAGAAAAUCGUCAGCUUACAAAGAUAUUUUAAUUUCUUCAAUACUCACAAUAUAUGCAUCCUGUCGAACAUAUUUUACGCAUCUUUGUUUCAUUUUGGUACUGAGGCGUUCGGAUUCUAGCAGUGCGUUGUUUCAGUGGUUUUUGUUUUUUUGGGACACCCUGUAUGUGACUUUAAUUAAAAUGUCUAUGUUAGAAAGAGGAGGGGCACCAUGCAAUGGACUUUACGUCCAGUUUGUGCCUUGUCCGUUUGAGUACAACACUUUUUAAUUCCUAUUUAUAUAUUAUCUAGAUUAGAGACGUUAAAAGAAGCGCUGACAGCCGCACAGAAGGAGCAUGAGUCCCAGUCUGAAUUGAAUGAAAUGCUUCGACGUCAUAAAGACAAUCUGAAGAAUCAACAUGACUGGUAAGUAAAUAUGAUAUCUCCUCUUUUGUCACCUUUUCUUCUAAUGUCUCUAAUCGCUCAAUCUCGCACCCGUUCAAGCAAGGACAACUUGCUUCAAGUCAAUCCGUGCAAAACCUCUCUUUUAAGAAACUCUUUUUUUAACCGAAUUUUCUUUCUAUGGAACAAUCUCUCUCCGGAUCAUUCGUAACAAUUCUUCUGUUUCAUCCUUUAAACUCCAGCUCAAUAUUCACUACUUUUCUCAAUUAGACUCUUCUUUCGAUGUCAACAGAAUGCGCACUUGGAAAACCUAUACUGCUUUAAAUACCUUUCUUUCAACUUAAGCUCAUAAUCUAACCUAUAUCAUAAUCUAUUUUUUAUAUACUGUAGUUAUGUAAAUAGUGUUCUAGUCCUUGUUUUUAAUGUAUAUGUCUACUUGUUAUUUUGUAUCAGGUUGGUCUUCACAUGGGACUCGUGUUGACCAUACCUUCAAUCAUUGUUAUAUAUUUUAUAUAGCUGCAUUUUUGUAUGGUUGUAAAGCUAAUAAAUAGAUAUCACAACUUAUUAAAUAUUAACUUUUUCUCGUAUGAAAUCUUGUCUGAUCAAAAUGAUUGAGUUUUAUUUUCAGAAGUUUUGAAAUGAAUAGUAAUAAUAAUACACAAACCAAAACAGUCAGUUAAUCGUUAAUCAUUCUUUGAACAACCGGAUAUGUUACUGUGUAUGUUGUGUUUUUACAGUGCAAUCCGUCAACUUCAUCAACUCGAAGAGGAAAGAAAGAAAAUCAUGCAACAAUUACAACAGAAAGAUCUGAAAAUGAACGGUACGGUUUUCCUUUUGUUUUAGUCUUGCACAAAUUAACCGCAUGCGCUUAUGCACCCCGGAACAAUUUCAGGCUUCAUACUGUAGAUGUUUUUGAAAGAAAAACAGGUCUUGUGUGAUGAAGUGAAUAAUUUCUCUGCCUUUUGGGACAAAGUUUUAAAAUUUUGAGUGAAGAUUUUCUGUUUUCUAUACAUUCAUUCCUUCGGACUUACCUAUAAAUAACAACCGAUCCACUAAUUUUUCUAUCAUUGAUCCUUAGAAUAUUCCGAAACUCUCCGAGCACAGGCAGAAGAUUUACAAAACAAGGAGAAUGAAAUAAGUCAACUGGGUAAAUCGUUCACUCUUACCAAAGCUGAACUCGAUAAAAAAGAGCAAGCAAGAAAGGAACUGGCGCAUAAGGUUGGUGGUGGCUUUUACCUUAGCUUUGGAGGCGUUCAUUUACUCAACCAUGCAAGACGUCCUGGUCAAAUCAAACAAACUAUAUAGUAGGAAAAGGUUUACUGUCGAUGCAAUGGAAGUGUUGAUAAAAUAUUGCACCAAUUCCUUUCCUCAAGUUGAUCAAUUCAUUUGAUAGAAAAUUGAUCAACUUCGAUCCUGUUACUUUUAGAUGAGCCAAUUAGAUUUCAUUUCAGAACCGAUUAACCAAUAGGAAGCGCACAGGAAGUAAAAAGAAAUUUGAAUUCGUAUGAAUUGAUCAACUUGCGGAAAUGAAUUCAUGCAAUAUUUUAUCAACACUUCCAUUGCAUCGACAGUGAAAUAACCAAGGAAUUUGCAUAGGUACAGUAAUUAGUAUGGGUUUCCAGUGGAAUUUGGGGAAAAACAUGCACGAGUGAGUUUUUCAAAGACUAUCAAAAUUACACGAGUCCGAAGGGCGAGUGCAAUUUGAAGUCUUUGAAAAACUCACGAGUGUACAGUAUGUUUUUUCAAAUUGCACGAGAAACCAUACUAUUAUCUUAUUAAUAAUAAUAUACAUGAAAAAAUCAUGCAGUCACGUGCGCAAGCCACAUUUAGAAAUUAAGAAAAAUAAGAAAUUUGAAAAAUAAAAAAUUAAGAAAUUUGCACUGUAUUUCAUUUUUCUGGUUUCUAAAGCAGUAGCGAAGUUUGAGCCGCCAUUUUGUUUUGGAUAUGAGCUAAUAUCCUGGUGGUAGAGAACCAUCAGAUUGCAGAAUGCCUCAUAUCCAGACCUUGUGUAUAUAAUAAGACUUGAUAUUUGCUGUGUUGAUGUAGUGUACUCAGGUGAAUAUAUAAGAUGCUUGUGAUGUUACUCUGAGUGUAUAUCCACACCGGGCAGGCUUGAAAAAUUUGCCUGGCCACGGUGGAAUAUAUACCUGACCGCGUAGCUCAGUUGGCAGAGCAUUGGGCUAGUAUUCCAAAGGUCGUAGGUUCGAUUCCCACAGUGGCCAGGCAUAUUUUUCAAGCCUGCCCGGUGUGGACAUACACUCAGAGUAACAUCACAAGCAUAAUAAGACUUGUUAACAACUCUUGUACUUGUUAACAACUCUUGUAUGUUUUUUCGUCCAGGUUGGAUCUCUGGAGUUGGUAUGCAGUCAACGUGAAAAAGUUGUGAAAGAAAGAGAACUGCAGUUGAAAGGUCUACAAGAACAUCUUGAUAAGUAUGCUCAAAUGUCCGCCAUGAUUCACAGUCUCACCGGUGGUACUGUUCCAAUAGUUCAAAACGAAGAAAAACCUGGCACAAUAAGUAAGAAAAAAUAAUUUCCAUAUUACUGUACGCUAGCCUUGCUGCGGCUAGUUCAAAGACUCAUCUACUGGAUUUGGUGGAUAAUCCAAGUCUCAGGUGCAUCUCGAAAAAUUAGGAUAUUAUCUCGCUAUUUAAACCAGUCUGCGCACGUUUGUAUUGCAUAGUAUAUAAUGUUAAGACAAAAAAUUACAAAUAUUUUAUUUUUACAUGUAAUGAUUUGCUGACAAUAAAAUUUUCACUUUUUGAAUCACAGCAAAGAAAUAUUUUCAAAGACAUUCUAAUAUUCUGAGAUGCACCUGUGAUUAUCCACCAAAUCCAGCAUUCAAAUCAAAUCAAAUCUAUCAAAUCCACCAAAUCUAGUUCAAUCAAGUGUAUAGUGCAGUGACAUCUUUCAAAUUCACAAAAACUCGUCCAUACCUAUUCAAAUGACCGUUCACUGCAAAAAAAUAUUGACUGAAAG